AUGGACAAUGUAAGAAGUGUAAAAGAUGGUGGAUCACAUAGGAGGAGUGGUCGAAGUCCUACUAAAAGAUUUGAUUUUCCUCUUCAAGUCAGAUCAAGUGCAGAAUUGACAAAGAAAGUGCUACAACAUGUUAAGAAAGAAAAAAUUGACAAGUUACAUGAGAUGCUACAGGGAAACAAUAGAGAAAGGGUUCAGGAAAUUAUAGAAGUUGUGGACGAAACACCAAAAAAAGGAACUCAACAAGAAAGAGUUCAAAAGGUUGAUCACAAUUUGGACAAAGAGACUAUUGCAAAGAAAAUGGAGAUAGACAAACUCUCGCAACCAAAAGUAAUGAAAGAUCAUGCACAUGGUGACAAAGAAGUUGUACAAGAAACACCAAAGAAAAGAACUCAAGUGAAAGCUACAGUGAAUAGAGAAAGAAUUCAAAAGGUUGAUGGAAAAUUGGACAACCACAUUGCUAUGAAGAAAGCAGAGAGACCUAAGCUUUUGCAACCACAAGCUAAGGAAGUUCUUGCACGUGGAAACAAAGAAGUUUCACAAGAUCUUCACAAGUCAAAGGAAAUGGAUGCAACCAAGUCAAACAAUGGUGAAAAAUCGGGCAGCAGCGUUAACCGUAGCUCUAAUCAAAAUCAAUCAAAAAAAGGAACUCGACAAGAAAGUGUUCAAAAUCGGGCAAAAGUCAACGAAGAAGAUGCAAUCACAAAUAGAGAAGAAGAAAAAGAAACAUCCCAAAGAAAAACUCGUGGGAAAACUUUGUGCAAAAAGAUUCAUGCAAGAACUUUGGAAGAGCGAGUAGAAGUGACCUUUAAUGAGGAUUUUCAGCCAAUUGGUCCUAGUGAAAAAGUAGUAUCUGACUUGAGCCUCUUCUUGGGAACAUUGGCUAGGAACUCAACAUUUUGUCCCCUACGUUACACCAAUUGGUCAGGAAUGCCAGAUGAUAAUAAAAACCGUUUCUGGAGAUAUACUAAUCGGAAGUUUAUCUUGCCGGUUGAAGCACGAGAUUGGAUUGAGACCACUGUUAGAGAGGCAUGGAGAAGAUAUAAGCACAAAAUUAAGAAGAAUCAUUUUUUGAAGUAUUCCAACAUGACCGAGAGACUCAAAAAUCGUCCGCCAAACGUGCCAAUAGCCCAGUUUAAGAGUCUUUGUGCUUAUUGGAGUAAGGAAACUAUACAAGCAAUCAGUGAAAAUAACACUAGAAAUAGAGCUCAACUAAAGUGGAUGCAUCGAAUGGGUCCCAAAAACUUUGCUUUGACUCGUGAAAAAGUGGUAACUUUCUUUUGUUCUCAAUAA